GUCAGAAUCCGCUCCACCCUCCACCGCCGCCCCGCCGGAACAACGGUCCGGUCUUUAAACCCAACCCCGCGCCCGCGGCCACCACUCCUCCCUCGCUCCCUCCUCCUCUGACCACCACCACCGCGUCCAGAACAGCCAUGGCCAUGCCGCCCAAGCGCGCGUGCAGGCUGGCGCUGAUGCUGGCGGCGGCGGGGUACCUCUGCUUCCUCCUCUUCCUCGAGCUCCCCACCGUCUCCAUCGCGCCCGUCGCCACCGCCGACCGCCCGCGACACCGCGAGCUCGAGGCCCGCUCAUCCUCCACCGUGGCUCCGCUCCGUCCCCACACGCGAACCUUCCCGACCCCCGACCACCCGCCGCGCCGCUCCCGCCUCGCCGUCUCCUCCAUCCGCGUCCGCACCAGCACCUCCACCUCCUCCAUCGACGCCGCCGCCUCUGCCGCCUUCGCCGCCGCGGCCCCCCUCCUCCCCGACCUCCUCCUCUCCCCCUCGCCCUCCUCAUCCUCCCCCUCCCCCUCCCCGUCCGCCCCCGCGUCCUGCCCCGCGGCCGUCUCCGUGCCCGGCGACCGCCUCGCGGGCACACCGGUGGCCGUGGAGCUGCCGUGCGGGAUGGCCGUCGGCUCGCGGGUCACCGUGGUGGCCCGGCCGAGGAGGAGGAUGGACGGGGCGUCGUCGUCGGCGUCGUCGCAGUUCAUGGUGGAGCUGCUGGGCACCAAGGCCGUGCAGGGGGAGGAGCCGCCCAGGAUACUCCACUUCAACCCCAGGCUCGCCGGCGACUUCAGCGGCCGCCCCGUCAUCGAGCUCAACACCUGCUACCGCAUGCAGUGGGCGCUGCCGCAGCGCUGCGACGGCUCCGCCUCCCGCCCCGACCACGACACAGUCGAUGGGGAAAUCAAGUGUGAGAAAUGGAUCCGGGACGAUGGCGCCAAGUCAGAGGAAUCAACAACAAACAUGAAAUGGCUGCUCAACAGCUUGAUCGGCAGGCCGGAUCCAGAGAAAGUGUCUGUCGAUCAGGAUCAGGCAUACCCGUUUGCAGAGGGCAAGCUCUUUGCCCUAACCAUCACAGCUGGUCUCGAAGGCUACCACGUCAAUGUCGAUGGGCGACAUGUUGCGUCCUUCCCUUACCGCACCGGUUACAACCUCGAGGACGCGACGGGCCUGUCGUUGAACGGAGACCUUGACAUCGAGUCGGUCUCUGCGAACCAUCUGCCCAAGUCGCAUCCUAGCUUCGACCCGCAGAGAUACCUGGAAAUGUCUGAGCAGUGGAAGGCAUCGCCUCUGCCGACUGAACCAGUUGAGCUCUUCAUCGGCAUCCUUUCUUCAGCCAACCAUUUCGCCGAAAGGAUGGCCGUUCGCAAGUCAUGGAUGAUUGCUACAAGGAGAUCGUCUAACAGCGUUGCCCGGUUCUUCGUCGCCCUGAACGGGAAAAAAGAGGUCAACGAGGAGCUGAAGAAGGAGGCGGAGUUCUUUGGUGACAUUGUUCUAGUGCCUUUCAUGGAUAGCUACGACCUCGUUGUUUUAAAGACCAUCGCCAUUGCUGAGUACGGGGUGCGCGUUGUGCAAGCGAAAUACGUAAUGAAGUGUGACGACGACACAUUUGUUAGAAUUGACGCAGUGUUGGAUCAAGUGAAGAAAGUUAAGAAUGGGGCAAGCAUGUAUGUGGGGAACAUAAACUACUACCACAGGCCUUUGCGGUCUGGAAAGUGGGCUGUAACGUAUGAGGAAUGGGAAGAGGAAGUGUACCCACCUUACGCAAACGGACCGGGCUAUGUGAUUUCAUCAGACAUCGCUGAGUACAUCGUAUCCGAGUUUGACAACCAGAAACUGAGACUGUUCAAGAUGGAAGAUGUGAGCAUGGGCAUGUGGGUUCAGAAGUUCAGCAAGACUCGCCAGCCGGUGGAGUAUUCGCACGACGUCAAGUUCUUCCAGGCCGGCUGCUUUGACGGCUACUACACCGCGCACUACCAGUCACCGCAGCACAUGAUCUGCCUCUGGAGGAAGCUGCAGUCCGGGAGCGCUCAAUGCUGCAACGCCAGAUGAUCGUGAACAGCUUGGAAAUCAGGAGAAUUCGAAUUUGAUCUUGAUUUGUGGGCUCUCUGAAGAGUUAGCUUGCACCAUUAUUCGCCCAUUCUUUUCGCCAGUGGCUGAUUAAUUCAUCUGCUGAUGCUGACACUAGCUAGAUGCUAACACCAUGUACAUGUGUCAAUUGUUUUUGAUCUAGGAACUAACAGCUUUGCUGAUCUUACUUGUAUACCGGCUAUUCUUAUAUAUACAUAUUAGAUGUUUUGAGAGACUA